UCGGCUCUCGCUUUACCCAGACAAACGCAGGCGCCUGACCAAUCGCAGCGGGAAUGUGACAGAGGUGGGCAGGGCCUGAGCGCUGGAGUGUCGGUGUUCUGGAGCGAGCGCUCAGAGAGAGAGAGGAGAGACAGCGCUCCGUCCGUCUGUCUGAUUGUGCUGCGCGUCUCUCUCACUGCAGCUCUGCAUGCGAGCGUGUGUGUGUGAGCGCGUGUAUAUGCGUGUGUUCAUGUGUGCCGGCAGCGGCUGCGUCGCUCCUUCAUCAUCUUCAUCUUCAUCGGUGAAUUCACAGCAUCGGCGCACGAUCCUGCUCAUCUGUUGCCGUGGUGAUGGGCUGUCGAUUGUCAGGGCCGUGGAUGGGCGACGGAAUGGGGGUUCACAGUCGGGAUCUGACCCACCUGCAGAAGCGAGAGGCCUUCCGUAUCCUGGCCAGCUACGAGCAGCCAAUCACGCUUCAGAUUGAGGGCCGGGGGCGGAGCCUGCAGUACAACAGGACGACGGACUGCAGCACGCAGACAGAGCGACCCUGGGACCCUCUCCGGCCGCACUCGUGCACCCUGCCACGACUCCCUCCUUCGGACAGGACAUACUACAAUCACAUGACCCUGCCCGGGACCCGUCGAGAAGGAAGCAGGUACGAAUAUCUACCAAACACGCCCAGAGACCUGGAGCACAGAGAACGCCUGGCAUACAACGACCCGGAGUUCUCCAGCGGCGUGUCUCAGGGACAGAACUGUCUUAUCGGCUGCUGCAACACCAACCUGGAGGAACCCAGAAGUUUCCAGAGUCAGACUGAUGAUGAGGACUACAUGAUGGAGAAACCCUUGGGUUACCUGCCUCUUCAUCAUGAGCUGGACAGCGGACUCGGCUGGACAGAUGGUAGCUUCCACCAGGGGGAGCUGUCGGGGGUGGAGACAGAGGAGGGGCUUGAGGAGUGCCAUGGCCACGGAGGGGGCGGUUCACCAUCGUCGGAGUCCUUCAUCUCAUCGGAAUUGAGCGACUCUGGUUUUUACAGCGUCAGCACGGGCGAGUUCCUGCGCUUCCAGCGCCUGCUAGAGAAACGUAUGCGUCAUUACAACGCCCGCAUGCACCACCAGGGGGAGCCGUGCUCCCGCGAGCGGCGGGAUAGCCAGAUAAAACACCCUCUAGAGGCCAUCCCUGAAACGCUGACGGUCCAGCCUCAAAACAUCUGCGUGCCCGUCCCAGGAUCACGUGGUUUAUCCCGCGUAUCGUCCGUGCAGUACCGUAAGGCGGAGCGACCGUGUUUGAACAGGCACAGCUCCAGCAGUGGCUCGCUGUUCAAUCCCGCACUGCACUCCACCUGUAGUACACCCUCCGGCCAGCGGCGACUGCCGCCUCAUCCAAGUUCUGCAGGAAUGCUGAGAAGAAGCAGAACGCUGCAUCACCGCCCCGCACCAAUGGAGUAUCGCAGACGGGCAAGUCACCCGGCCUCGCCCAACUACUGUAGCGCCACGCUGCAUCCUUGCGGCCACAGAGUCGACCUGCCUGUGAAUCUACCUGAGGAGCCAAACUUGGCACUGAUGCAUGCUGUCGGUCAUCCGGCACACCCUGUUGUACACCCCAUUGCACUCCCUACACAGACUCUACACGCUACACAUGCAGUGAGUCAACCGUCCCUGAUCUCUCCAGUUGACGAGCACUGCUGUAUGCCUCCAGAUCUCCAUGACAACAGCAGGAUCCGAGCAUCCACCGAACCGCAGCUACAGAAGAGCUUUGUGACCGAACAGCCGCCAAUUCGCCAAAGGGACGGGCGGUUCCACACCCUAAGUCACACGCCUAGUCAGGACACUGACACCUGGCCGAAACCCGCCAACCGUGCAGGUUCAGGUGGCGGAGGCGGACUCUAUAGCACUUUGGAGGGCCACACGCCCACUGCUGCCACAAGGAAACCACCUACCGGGAACUUGCGAGCCUUGCGAAACCAGAUGCUGCGGGAUAGAGCGUCCCGACUGGCGGACGAGCGUAGCGGCAUGAGCACGGACGAGGAGAGUCACAGCGAGGUCCGCAUGGGUCGCUACUGGAGCCGCACUGAGCGGCGCGAACACAUGCUGCAGAAACAGCGACAGCAGCAGGCCAGAAGUGGCGGCAGCAGCAUAGCUGCGCCAGGAUUCGUGCACGGCAUGGGAGUAAUGGGAGGAACCAACGGAGACAGUUGUAAUACCGUUCUCGAGCUGAGCCAGAGGAAACUAAGUCGCCUGAGGAACCGGAAGCUGCUGGACGAUUGGACCACCGUAGAGGAACUCCUGACGCACGGAACACGCCUCGGUGCCAGCGAGGAUGUCUUGCAGCUGCCUACAUCGUUGCUCACCGUCACAACCGUAUAGCGACGGUGUUCAGAUUGACGCGUGCGUGUUUGUGUGUGUUGGACCGGCCGCACUACACAAAGCUACCUCCUGAAAUUGAGGUUUACUGUAGAUACAGACGUUUUCGAACACCGUAGUACAUUGAUUUUUAAAUGUUAUAUUUGCAGUAUCUUGUUUUGCAUUGUGUUGUAAAGAGAUGUUUUAUUAGGGAGCGAAAUCACUGAUUUGGACCGCAUGAAGCAAUACAACAGAUACCGACGCCAGACAAAGCGAAUUUCAUUUGGUGCCCAGAAAAGUUUACGUUACGGAUCAUUUAAGGGUGGUGCUAACCGUGAGAUUUCAUUUGUUCGACAUAAUUUGCAAGUAGACAUCCGAAUUACGUCACUUUUGCACAAAUUUUAAAAAAUUCCCUUUCCGACUGUCUUCCUCUAGCUAAUUUGUGGCGUUAGCACAGCCCCUCCUCCUUUCAAUCAUGAAUCUGAUUCUCUGGGAAUAAUAUCGGAUAAUCUAACGACGGAUCGGGAUACGCAGCCAGGGCUGGCGAUUGGGUGUGCAGGGUUAUGCUGGAGAUCAGGCGGCGGAAGUGUGAGCGUGUGUUGUGAAGUGUGCGGGUUCUUGCACUAUAACUGUAGUUAUGUAGAGUAUUUUUAAAGCUAUUUUUCUUGUGCUCUUCACAAUUGAUGUCACGAACAGAAACAAAGAACUUUUAUAAAGACUCAAACAAGAAUUAUAA